CCACGGCGGGCUGAGAGCCACGACGCGGCAGCCGGGAGGGCGCCCGGAAGCCGGACGGGGCCGCGAGCCAGGGCUGCGCGCUCGCUGCUGACCUCGAGCGCCCCCUCCCGGCGGCCUCCGGACCCCGCGCACUCGCUCCCCGCGCGGCUCCGGACGCGGCCCACAGUGCCCCGCGGCGCGCACGCGCAGGCGGCCGUUCCCCUAGCGGCGCUGCGCGGCGGCGGAGCCGGCAGCCGGCAGCCUCUGGCCGCCCUGGACCGGCAGCAGCCUGGUCCCCAGCAGCGGGGCGAGGAUGGCUCUGAAGCGGAUCAAGAAGGUACACAGGCGGCUGCAUCAGUCAUCGUGGCCUUACUCUCACCCAGAGCCCUGAGCCUUGCCACACUCAUGGAAUUGAGUGACCUGCAGAGGGAUCCUCCUGCCCAGUGGUCCGCAAGACCUGUGGGAGAUGACUGGUUCUGCUGGCAGGCCACCAUCACCGGCCCGAAUGACAGUCCUUACCAAGGAGGCAUUUUCUUCCUGAACAUCCACUUUCCCACAGAUUAUCCAUUCAAACCCCCGAAGGUGGCUUUCACGACCAAAAUUUACCACCCCAACAUCCACAGCAACGGCAGCAUCUGUCUGGACGUCCUGCAGUCCCACUGGUCUCCAUCACUGACAGUGUCUGAAGUGCUCCUGUCCAUCUGCUCCCUGCUCUGCGAGCCCAACCCCGACGACCCGCUGGUGCCAGAGAUAGCUCACACCUACAAGGCCAACCGAGAGAAGUACAACAAACUGGCGCGAGAGUGGACACAGAAAUAUGCUAUGUGAGUGCCUUGGAGGUUGCACAGGGGACACUGCUCAAGAGAAGCUGAGCCCCUGGCUGAGCCUCCCAUAGGGCGCCAACUUUUCCACAAGUGAUUGAUGGUCCCACCCUCUCCAGCCGCGUGGCUUUGACACCAUCCCAUCCUGAUGCCAAAGCAGUAGUCACCGUUAGAUCUGCAGCCUCCUCGCUAUGCUGGAAUCAGUCCCUCCACCUGACUCACUGCUGGACUCGGGGACAGUUUGCUGUCACCUCCCCUACCCUGCCUCGCUCAUGGUGGCAUCACUGGCUGUGGCACCACACAGCCUGGCCCUCACCUUCUGGGACUAAGUGCCCUGGGCGUCCAGGGCAGAGCUGGCAGGCUUUCCUCACAUCCUGUCUGCCAUAAGCCAUAUCCCAGGAGGCUCCAGGGAACUGGGAACUGUCCCUCACACCAAGAAGCAGCAAACGGUGUCGGGAUAGAAAGCAUAGAACACCCAGGAGAUGACUGUCUUUUCAGAAGCAAGACCUGGAGAGUGGGGUUUUGCCUUUCUGUGGGAAGAGGUUUUUCACCACCUCCCUCCACGGAGCUUACACUAAGUCCAGUGUGUGCCACCCACAGACCAGAGCACAGGGACAGGGAGAGACUUUUAAAUGUAAAUAAAAUGUAAUUCAUGCAUACCCCUAAAUGA